CCCAACUUCAACAUCAUCGUUCGGCGAUCUACAUCGUGGCUCGUACAAAGGCUGUGCAAGGCGCAGCACGGCUCAUUGAUCCGAUAUCAUCAAUUCCUUUGCUAUUUAUCUGAUCGUGAUUUGACACAUCCAACCCCUCCGAAUCGACAGCCCUAACGCCCUGCAUGCCGCACAAUGGACUCAUAUGAUUUUCGCCACAUGCUAUCGAGAGGUUAUUCCAGUGCCCAGCCACAAAAAGGUACUGCGCCUCGUGAUUAUUGUGUUUUUAUGUUUAUUCUAUAACAAUGACAUUGGGUUGGCUGUGGAGAUGAUCUUCAUUAUAUACGAGUUACGAAGAGCGAUCAGACCGUGUAUUCCCUCACAUCAACACGCCAAUUUUGUAGUCUCCCUAUUGCUCCUGGACAUGUCGGAGCAUUGGUUGUCCCUGUACGCUUCGAAAACAGGACCAUCGGUGUCGCACUGGAGGAUUGAAGUUAUCUCGCAAUAUAAUCGCCUUGCACGUGGUAGGGACAGCUCCUUUACGCGUAUCCAGGGUCACAAAGCUGUACGAGGGUUUUUCGGGAGGACUUGGCCGUCAUUAUCCUACAGAAGUAUUCAUUUCUUUAGGACCUUGGGAAUCCAUUGUUUGACUGAACGCGAUGUGUUUCCCCACAUGAACACAGAUCAUUGACUACGAUAUAGAUCUGUGUCACUGUUAAGCAUGGUAUUCACAUGGACCAUGUGUGCCGAUGUAAUAAAAGUAGUAUCACCAACGACGGAGGCCUGUUAGUAAAGGAUUGCACGGCCGUACUAAGGGGAGUUAGCCAUAAAAAGAAUGCUUCUGCCACGGCAAAAUCUCACUCACAUUUUGAGUAGAGGCUCAUCACGCACAAGGAUAGGGUUGCGCCCUGCGAACCAGGGUUGGCACCAUCGCACUGUACUGGAGCAGUAAAAGCGUCCAAUUCCACCAACAAGAA